UGCCGACUAUGUCUUUGUACUGACGAUGACCUUCGAGUUACUGCUGAAAAUUAUAGCGAAUGGUUUAUUUUUCACACCAAAAGCUGUGGUCAGUGAUGUCGGUGGCGUUAUGACCAUGUUCAUCUACUUCACGAGCGUAGCGUUUCUGAUGUGGAUGCCUCGUCAUGUCGAGAUCAACUCCUUUGCUCAACUUCUAAUGAUAUUCCGUGCAAUGAGGCCUCUACGGGUAUAUACACUGGUUCCUCAUAUUAGAAGAGUUGUUAUGGAGUUCUUCCGUGGAUUCAAAGAAAUUCUGCUGGUAACCAUUCUUAUGAUUGUUGUAAUGUUUAUAUUUGCAAGUUUUGGAGUUCAAAUUGUCGGAGGCAAACUGGCUGCCUGUAACGACCCAACCAUCACCUCAAGGGAAAACUGUACAGGAAUAUUCUGGCAAAAGAUUUUUGUAACUCGACUUGAAGUGUACGGAAAAGAUGACGAGCAGAUGCAUCCAAAGAUACUGGUGCCACGAGUA